AUGGCUAAAACACCUAAAAAUAUAGCAAAAUACGCACAAAUGAUCAAAUUUGUUGGCGGUAGGCAUCCUAGCUUGUCGCACGGAGCAGCUGGUCCACACCCUUGUACUGUGGAUGGUUUGAUGCCAGGUUCCAAGGAUUGCAUUGCUCCCGGAGAUUUUUUGAGUAAAUUACUUCCAUUUAAAGUGGUGCCAUAUAGUAAACCGGUGACGAAGCCUGGUACAAGCCAAAAGGCAUUCACAAACAGACCAUUGAAAGAGGGCGAAGUUAACUCAGUUUUCGAGCUACCAUCCAAAUAUCGUAUGAAACCUAUGGAGGAGAUAGAAAUUGAGUGUAUCAACAACGGUGGCAUUUACUAA